UUGUUUUUGUUUCGCUUUGAACUUACGUAAGAAGUCAUGGAUUCUUCAGCGAGUGUCUUCAUAACCCGAAAUGAUAUUCCUGUAGAGGGGUUAAUUCUUCUCCGAAGCAAGUGCAAGGUUGAAAUAUAUAAUGAAUCUAGACCUAUUCCAAGAGAAGAACUGUUGAGACAUAUAAAAGGAAAAAAUGGACUAUAUUGUCAUGUAACUGAAAAAAUAAAUGCAGAACUUUUAGAUGCUGCAGGUCCUAAUCUUAAAGUUAUUGGAACAUUUUCAGUUGGUUAUGAUCAUAUUGAUUUAGAAGAAUGCAGAAAAAGAGGCAUUCUUGUUGGUUAUACUCCUAAUGUGCUUACGGAUGCUGUUGCAGAAUUGACUGUUGGACUUCUUUUAGCAACUUCAAGGAGACUCAUGGAAGCUAAUAAACAAAUCACAAAUGGUGGUUGGGCAAAUAGUAAGUUUGGACCUCUCUGGAUGUGUGGCACAAAUCUAGUUAACAGUACUGUUGGUAUAAUGGGCCUUGGUCGCAUAGGUUUUGGAGUUGCUAAGCGUCUGAAAUGUUUUGAAUUAAAAAAUAUAUUAUAUUCAGGAAAUCAACCAAAACCUGAAGCUACAGAAAACUUGAAUGCUAAGUUUGUCUCAUUUGAUGAGUUACUCAAACAGUCAGAUUUUGUGAUUGUGUGUGCUUCUCUCAAUUCUAACACUAGGGGAAUAUUCAACUUGGAGUCAUUUAAAAAAAUGAAAAGAAAUGCUAUAUUUAUCAAUGUUAGUCGUGGUGGUCUUGUUAAUCAUGAAGACUUAUAUAUUGCUUUGACAACUGGAUUGAUUAAAGCUGCUGGUUUGGAUGUUAUGGACCCUGAGCCACUUCCUGAUGAUCACAAAUUGACAAAACUUUCAAAUUGUGUUUUGCUGCCACAUAUUGGAAGUGCUACUGUAGAAACCAGAAAUACCAUGGCUCGUUUAACAGCUGAAAAUAUUCUUGCUGGAUUGGAGGGAAAGCCUUUACCCUGUCCAUUGUAAAUAAUAUUCUGUUUGUUAAAUUUGAUAUAGAUAUUUUUUUACAAUUUGUAUCUGUUGUUUAUUUUUAAAUUUUUUAUAAUGUUGGCUAAUUAAAAUUUUAUAUUCAUA